AUGAAUUACUGUAAUAUGAAAAGAGAUUUAUUUGAAGAACAUGAAGUUGUUCGUAGUUUCAAGAAACAUUAUUUUGAAGAGGAAGAUGAAAUGCAUAUAGCUGCAAUAAAAUCAAUAGCAGAUGUUAUAAAAAGUAAUAUAUCGGAAACAAAUUUUGAAUUAUUUAUUAAUUUAAACGAAGCUAAAGAUACCUUAAAUAAUUUUAUAAAAAAUAAUGAUGCACAAAAUCAUAUUAUAUCGAUGCCCCAUUCUAAAAGAAUGACUAUUUACACAAUUGUUUCUUCUUGUGAUAUUUAUCAUCAUUUUGUAGUUAAAAAAUAUACACACAGUGAAAAUAAUUUCAUUAAUUUAAAAAAUACAUUAGCAAUUAACGCAAAUGAAUUUCCAAAAAACUUAGAAAAAAGCUUAGACAUAAUUGGUAGCACUAGUAACAUAAUGUUUACUGAUAGAAAAACGACAAUUUUAACGCAUAGCAAUUCUAAAUGCGUAAAAAAUUUAUUAAUAAAUGUUAUAAAAAAUCAAAAUAAACAAGUUUUUGUUUAUUUUACUUGCCCAGAAAAUUUUUAUAAUGAUUAUAGUGAAAAAGAUAAGCAGUUUGAUGACAUGUUCAUAAAAGAUUUAAGAAAAGAAAAUAUUAUUGUAACAAAAAUAAAUUUACAAAAAGUUAAAAAUAUAUUUAAUACAAUUGAUUUCGUAGUAAUAGGAACAGAACUAGUAAUAGAUAAUGGUGGAAUAAUAAGUAAAAAAGGAAUUAGACUAUUAUCUCAAUUAUGUUCAUUAAAUAAAAAACCAUUUUAUGUUGCAUGUGAGGCAUAUAAAUUUUUAAAGAUUGAUAAAAUUAAAUAUGCUAAAGACUUCUAUGAAUAUUGCACACAAACUGUAUAUAAUGAAAAUAAUUAUUUAUAUGAAUAUGUUCCUCAUCAUUUAAUUACACUUUUUUAUACUGAUAUAGGUAUUUUUUCUCCAUCGGCUAUUUCAUUUGAACUGAAUAAAUUAUAUAUAAAUGAUGCUUUUCAAUUUUAA